AAACAGAAGCAGGCGAUAGGAGAAUAUAGCCGCCUUCAGUUUCAGCAGAUCUGCUCAGGACAGGUGCCUGAACCGCACACAACUCAGACUGCACUUCAGCCGUUAACACACUGCGUGAUGAAGACUCCACUGUGGACACUACUGUUGCUUGGACUGUGUAACCCAGCAUGGUGUGACUGCCAGAAGGAUUGCCUCUUCUGCAGCCAAAAACUGCCUAAUGAAUAUGCCUUCAACAACUUGGUGUGUCUGGUGGAGUGUCAUGGUAAACUUUCUCCAGGCUACACCUGGGAGAUGUGUCUCAGGACCAUUGGGGAGCAAAACCCAAAAGCCUUGCUAUCGGUUGGCAAUGGCAUGCUGACAAGAGCAGAAGAGGAAGCGGACACCUCUCUGCCUGUGGACCAGGAUGAUGGCCAGUAUUCUGAAACCCUCCAGAGGUUCGACCAUAUAACACGAGCCUUGGGAACGGAUGAUCAGGACCAAGAUAUGCAGCUCAGUAAAAAAUACAAGUUCCUGCAAGUACAGUCAGCACAAGAAUCUGAGGAAGAGCGAGAUGGAGAUAACGAGAUAGAAGGCGAUGAGGAAGAGGCUGCCGUCCACCUAAUCAAACGCUUUGGAGGCUUCCUCAAAAACAAGUAUGGCUACAGGAAGUUCAUAGAUCCUGGAAGGUCUUUGCAAAAGAGAUAUGGGGGUUUCAUAGGCGUCCGCAAAUCUGCCCGUAAGUGGAACAACCAGAAGCGUUUUAGUGAGUUCCUCAAGCAGUAUUUGGGCAUGAGUACUCGAGCUAGCGAGUUUAAUAGUAUGUCUGCUGAUGUCACCCAACAGAAUGAGUAAGCUUUGUCCUUUGAAGCGAAUACUUACCCAGCAAACCAUUCGUUAAGCUCAUUCGAAAGAUAUCAUGCACCGUUCUCCUCAAACACAAAAAGCUCUCAUAGUGCCACAGGGUUAGAUGUGGAUUUACUCACUGACUGAAGCAUCUAAUCUGUGUCAAAGAAAGUUUACAUAUAUUGGCUUGAAGUUUGAAGAAAACUCUUCAGAUUCAAUUUGAGACAUCUAUAGAUCGCAUUAUUGUAUAUUAUGGCCCCUCUAGUUUAGUUCAUUAUGCAAAGACCAUUUUGAAAACGUUACCGGUUCCAAAUUCAUCUCCUUUUCGACACUGCCACCUAUUGGCCAAUGAGAGUUCCCAUAAUGAAAUCUCCAUGAAAAUGCUUGAAAUUGAGGUGAAAUAUCAUAUAGAGAGGUAAUUACUUGGCAAAAUAGAAUUAUUAAAGUAAUAGUUCACCAAAAAUGAAACAUUUGUCAUAACUCACGCACAUUUUCAGCUCCAAAUGGAACAUAAAUAAGCAUUACAGUCUAAUGAAAGCAUGAGAAACAGACUAAAAUUUAGGUUUUUAAUUUAAAUCUUAACCUGUGCCAUCGAACCUAAUUUUUGCUUCCAAAUCUCGUAUGCAUGCAUUAAAACCUGCUACACUGCAAUUCUGUCAUGUGUCAUGCGCUAAUCAAUUAUGUUUUGGAAGCAGUAACAAUCUCAAAUCUAUUAUAUGGCUUUAGAAGACUUGGAAUAUAGUGCGCAAGUCAUAUGGACUAUUCUUUAUGCCACUUUUUGGAGCAUAAUGGGCCAUAAUUCCCAAUCUUCUAACGGUGAAUGGAAAAUACAACCCAAUCUCACAGGAAAACAUAAUUUUAUCAAGUGGCAAUUUUGUACACAGUAAAUGUAAAUUUCUUAAGAAAAAAUAAGCAUAAAGAUCCACCCCUAAACAUAACCAUCACUGGAGCAUAAGCAGAUUGUACAAAAACGUGUGAAUGAGAUUGUACAAAUUCAUACAAAUUAGCCACCAAUUCACCAACACCUAUUUAUUGUCAUGAGAUUAUGUUGGGAAAAGGUUAGCUUUAACAAUCUGCUUAAUAUCUCCUUUUGUUUUAAGGAUGAAAUUAAAAACAAAUGGGGUCAGAAUGAUAUGGGCAGGAGUAAUUGAUAGAAUUUGCAUUUUUGGGUGAACUGUUCCUUUAAGGGGAUUAAGGAAAGCUAAUCUGUUUAUGGUCUCUCCCAAAAAAUAAAUAAAGCCAGAUUUUGCAUAAACCAUUCCAGCAAAGACUCAUCACUGUAAUAUUCCUAUACAAAAAUAACAAAUUCUGUCACGCACAUGCACACAGAGUUUGCAUCCUCAUCUAACAGUGGGAAACCAAAAGCUUUAAUUUUAUUUUUUUGAA